GGGGCCGACGGGACUCGGUGAAUUCACGGAGCCCCCGGGACAGAGGCUGUGACUGGUCCCACCCCAAGAUGACGUCCCCCAAGAACAAAGCCAAGAAGAAACCCCCCAAAGACAGCAUGACGCUGCUGCCGUGCUUUUAUUUUGUCGAGCUCCCCAUCGUCCUGUCCUCCUUGGUGUCCCUGUACUUCCUGGAGCUGACGGAUGUGUUGUCCCCGGCGAUGGUGGGCUUCCGUUGCCAUGACCGCGACCUCUCCAUGCCCUACGUGGAGACGGGUGAUGAGCUCAUCCCUCUGUUGAUGCUGCUGAGUUUGGCCUUCGCCGGUCCUGCGGCAUCUAUUAUGAUGGGGGAGGGCCUCAUGUACUGCAUGCAAUCCAAACUGAAGACGUGUCCCAAGUCGGAGAGCAGCAUCAACGCUGGAGGCUGCAGCUUCAACUCCUUCCUACGCAGAACCGUGCGCUUCGUCGGUGUUCAUGUGUUCGGUCUCCUGGCAACAGCCCUGGUGACAGAUGUCAUCCAGUUAGCUACUGGUUACCACGCCCCUUUCUUCCUCACCGUCUGCCAGCCCAAUUACACGGCCCCGGGAGUGUCAUGUGACAACAACGCCUACAUCACACGGGACAUCUGCAUGGGCAAAGACCAGUAUGCCAUCAUGUCAGCUAGGAAAACAUUUCCAUCCCAGCAUGCAACGCUCUCUGGCUUCGCCGCUGUCUAUAUCUCCAUGUACUUCAACGCCAGCAUCAGCAGCACGACCAAGCUGCUGAAGCCGCUGCUGGUGUUUGCGUUCUGCAUGGCGGCGGGCCUCGCCGGGCUGACGCAGAUCACUCAGCACCGCAGCCACCCGAUAGACGUCUACGUGGGAUACCUCAUAGGAGCCGGCAUCGGCGUCUACCUGGCGGUGUACGCAGUGGGAAACUUCAAAGCAUCAGAAGAGGAUGCUCACUCCGUACAGAGGCUGACCCCAGCUCAGCAGAAGGAUGGCCUGAGGGUGCUGAGUCAGCGGAGUCACGACUCCCUGUACAGGAAGACUCCCAGGGUGUCUGAGAGCAGAGAGGAGCUGGGGGUGGGGCUGGGGUCCGGGGCCCGCAGUAAGGUGAGGAGGGAGAAGGCGUCCCUGGCCUCCCUCAAAAGAGCCAGCGCUGACGUGGAGCUCUUGGCAACCCGGGGUCCCAUGGGCAAGGAAACCAUGGUAACCUUCAGCAACACCUUGCCCCGAGUCGCAAACGGCAACAGCCCCAUCUCCCCCUCCGAUGAGCCGGCCCCCACGCAGCGUCACAUGACCUUCCACGUGCCCUUUGACCCCCAGAGGUCUCGGCAGCUGGUGUCCGAGUGGAAGCAGCGCUCGCUGGAGCUCCGUAGCCAGAGCUCGCGAGACGAUGAGGAGGGAGCGGAAGGGAACGAUGCAGACGAAGGGGGAGACGGAGGAGACCAGGAGAUGCCUUCGUCCCUUUACCCUACGGUGCAAGCCAACAAGGGCAUCGCCACGCCCACUGGAGCCAGGAUGGCGGUGGCGCCGCCGCUCGUCCACAUCCCCGAGGAGGCCUCUCGGCCGCCGCCCGUCUCCCCCAAGAGUGCCAAGACCCGUGCCAAGUGGCUGUCUCUCACAGAGGGAGGAGGGGCAAAAGAGCCGGGGCCGGGGCCCAUCGCGGUGUCGACGCCCCGCGUGCCCAACCUGCCGCCCAGCCAGCCGCCCAGCCAGCAGAGAGUCACUCAGGUGAUAGCCAUGUCCAAGCAGCAGGGUCAUGGACCCGUCUCUUCAUCCACUAAGACAUCAGAAGGUGGCUCCUCCUCCGGCGGCGGGUCCAACUGCUCCGAGUCGCCCUAUUAUCGGAUCCCGUCUGAUCGAGACAGCUGCACGGGGAGCAACCCGGGAAGCAUCGCCGGGAGCGGGAGCAUCGUCACAAUCGACGCUCACGCUCCUCACCACCCGGUGGUGCGCGUGUCGGCCAAUAACGGCAAGCCGUGGGAGUGGAGAAACACCAUCAGUGGUAACAUGAUGGCGGCCGACACGACGGGGGACAAACACCGCGCGGCCCUGCAGCGGCAGGACAACGUCAGUCACUACCGGGAUUACCGGACGCUCCCAGUCAAAACGGACUCCCUCGGCUCCUCCUCGGCCAGCGGCAGCGCCGAAGGAGGAGCGGAGCUGCCUCCCCCGCCUCUCCCGACCUCCUCCUCCCCUCUACCUCCCCCUCCUCAUCUCUCGUCGUCUCCUCUACCCCCUCCGCCUCCUCACUCGUCUUCUUCCCCCUUGCCUCCCCCUCCACACCCGAGCUCCUCUCCAGUGCCUCCUCCUCUCCCUCCACCUGCCUCCUCUCACAUGCCUCCCCCACCUCACCUGUCCUCUCAAAUGCCCCCACCUCCGCACCCAUCCUCCUCUCCAAUGCCCCCACCUCCGCACAUCUUCCAUUCAGAUGCCCCCGCCUCCGCACCCAUGCUCUUCCUCUUUGCCGCCGCCACCUCACCCCUCAUCCUCCAUGCCUCCGCCUCCUCACCCGUCCUGCUCCAGCAUGCUUCCCCCUCCUCCCCAUCCAGACUUGCUGAUGGACAGCCACAGCCAGGCGCUGUCCCGCUCCUCCACCCUGCCUCGCCGGCCCUCCGUCUCCGCCCGCAGCCAUGCCGAGCAGGAGCACUACUACAAGGCCAUGCAGAAUGA